UCAGUGGCUGCCUUCAGCUGGGAAGCUUUCCCCACAAGUGCCUCGCUCCGUCGCCACCAAGUUAUCCAAGUUGAUCCUAUCCACCGCGACCAGUGAAGCCGUCCCGCAUGCCGAGUACUGUGUAAGCGCAAAGGCGAGCUCGGUGGCACGGCUACUUCAAGGUCUCCAAAAAUUAUCAGAUCCCCGUGCUCGUGCUCAAGGAGCUCACCAUCGCAGUGGCAGUGAAUGCAAUGCAGCAUAGAAAAAUGGACCCAAGCCAGCCGUACUGUGGCUGUCGAACUCUUAGACACGAGCUCCAAGCUGGCACGCACAUGCUCGCAAUGCUGGAGCGACCGAGUGUCGUUCCAAGUGCUCAUCGCUCGCUACCUUGGAUUUGCAGCUGCAGCCAUUGUUCCCAGCUGCUGGAGGCGAUGGCGACAGCGUGAUGAUGCUGUGUUUGCAGCUCGAUCAUGUCCUCGAAUGUCAUCAUUUUGCUGGCACAGUAGCGCUCUUUACAAUGCAGGAGCUACCAUUCGCCGACGGCGUCACGCUGAGAAAUGUUGUAUCUUGCGUGCCUACUCCGCGGAUUGUAGCUUGAGAUUCAUCGCUGUUAGCUGCAGCCAUGAGUUGAUCAGCUGUCGACUUGAGCUUUGUACUGAGUGCGCGGCGUCCAUGGCGCUGAAACCUACGAAUGGAGUGGGCCUGCGCUUUGUCUGUCGGUUUAUCGGCAAUUCCCACGGGUGAAAUAGUGCAUGUAAUAGACCUUUCGUACUGGGACAUAUGAAUACCCAACUACGUCGGUCUGCUCUACCAAAUCCCAAAUCCCUCGCAAA